CGCCCGCGCCUGGCCCGUGGAGCCAGCGCGGCGGGCGGCGGGAGCUGCGCCUGCGGGCCGGGGCCCUAGCCCCGCGACAGCGGGAAGGCGUCGCUGGGUCCCUACGCGCUGGGGGCGGGGGCGAAGUUGCUGGAGCAAAGUCCAGGCACCUGGUCGCAGCGCCCGAGCGCCCGGCAGCUGGGCCAGAGACGCACGAGGUCCGAGGCUGUGAUGGAUCCUGAGGCCGGGAGGAACGGAACAGUCCGGCGCCCCUGGAGAGCAGAAGGUGACUUUGAACUGAGCGGCAGCAGCCAAGACAGAAAAAAAAUGAAGAAUGUGAAUUUGACUGGACCAUUAACAUUGUUUCGAUACUCUGACUGGCAGGAUAAAUUAUUUAUGUCCUUGGGCACAGUGAUGGCCAUAGCUCAUGGGUCAGGCCUGCCACUCAUGAUGAUAGUCUUUGGAGAAAUGACAGACAAAUUUGUUAAUACUGCAGGAAACUUCUCCUUCCCAGUGAAUUUUUCAUUGUCAAUGUUAAAUCCAGGCAGAAUUCUGGAAGAAGAAAUGACUAGAUAUGCAUAUUAUUACUCAGGAUUAGGUGCUGGAGUUCUCGUUGCUGCCUAUAUACAAGUUUCAUUUUGGACUUUGGCAGCUGGCCGACAGAUUAGGAAAAUUAGGAAAGAGUUUUUUCAUGCUGUUCUCCGACAAGAAAUAGGCUGGUUUGAUGUCAGUGACACCACGGAACUCAACACACGGCUAACAGAUGACAUCUCCAAAAUCAGUGAAGGAAUUGGUGACAAGGUUGGAAUGUUCUUUCAAGCAGUAGCCACGUUUUUUGCAGGAUUCAUAGUGGGGUUCAUCCGAGGAUGGAAGCUCACCCUUGUGAUAAUGGCCAUCAGCCCUAUCCUGGGACUCUCUGCAGCCGUUUGGGCCAAGAUACUCUCAGCGUUCAGUGACAAAGAACUAGCCGCAUAUGCGAAAGCAGGCGCUGUAGCUGAGGAGGCUCUGGGGGCCAUCCGGACCGUGAUAGCUUUUGGGGGCCAGAAUAAAGAGCUGGAAAGGUAUCAGAAACAUCUAGAAAAUGCCAAAAAGAUUGGAAUUAAAAAAGCUAUCUCGGCAAACAUUUCCAUGGGCAUUGCCUUCCUGCUGAUCUAUGCGUCAUACGCGUUGGCGUUCUGGUACGGGUCCACUUUAGUCAUAUCAAAAGAAUACACCCUGGGAAAUGCAAUGACAGUCUUUUUUUCAAUUCUGAUUGGAGCUUUCAGCGUUGGACAGGCUGCCCCGUGUGUUGAUGCUUUUGCCAAUGCAAGGGGAGCUGCAUAUGUGAUCUUUGCCAUUAUAGAUAAUAAUCCUAAAAUUGACAGUUUUUCAGAGAGAGGACACAAACCAGACAACAUCAAAGGGAAUCUGGAGUUCAAUGAUGUUCAUUUUUCUUACCCAGCUCGUGCUAAUGUCAAGAUCUUGAAGGGCCUCAACCUUCAGGUCCAGAGUGGGCAGACGGUGGCCCUGGUUGGGAACAGCGGCUGUGGGAAAAGCACAACGGUCCAGCUGAUACAGAGGCUCUACGACCCUGAUGAGGGUAUGAUUAACAUCGAUGGGCAGGACAUUAGGACCUUUAAUGUAAGGUAUCUGAGGGAAAUAAUUGGAGUAGUGAGUCAGGAGCCGGUGCUCUUUUCCACCACAAUUGCUGAAAACAUUCGUUAUGGCCGUGGAAAUGUCACCAUGGAUGAGAUAAAGAAAGCUGUCAAAGAAGCCAACGCCUAUGACUUUAUCAUGAAGUUACCUCAGAAAUUUGACACCCUGGUUGGAGAGAGAGGGGCCCAGCUGAGCGGUGGGCAGAAACAGAGGAUCGCCAUCGCUCGCGCCCUGGUUCGCAGCCCCAAGAUCCUCCUGCUGGACGAGGCCACGUCGGCCUUGGACACGGAGAGUGAAGCUGAGGUGCAGGCAGCUUUGGAUAAGGCCAGAGAAGGCCGGACCACCAUAGUGAUCGCACACCGGCUGUCCACAAUCCGCAACGCGGACGUCAUCGCUGGGUUUGAGGACGGAGUCAUCGUGGAGCAGGGAAGCCACAGUGAACUGAUGAAGAAGGAAGGGCUGUACUUCAAGCUUGUUAACAUGCAGACAUCAGGAAACCAGAUCCAGUCCGACAAACUUGAAGUUGAACUAAAUGAUGGAAAGGCUGCCACGGGUAUGGCCCCAAAUGGCUGGAAAUCUCAAAUACUUAGGAAUUCUACUAAAAAAAGCCUGAGGAAUUCACGGAGGUACCAGAAUGGCCUUGAGGAGGAAACCAAUGAGCUUGAUGAAACUGUUCCACCGGUAUCCUUCCUGAAGAUCCUGAAGCUGAACAGAACGGAAUGGCCCUACUUUGUGGUGGGCACGGUAUGUGCCAUUGCCAACGGGGCGCUCCAGCCAGCAUUUUCAGUCAUAUUCUCAGAGAUCAUGGCGAUUUUUGGACCAGGGGACGAUGAACUCAAGCAACAGAGGUGCAACAUGAUCUCACUACUGUUUUUGGGCCUGGGGAUUGCUUCUUUUUUUACUUUCUUCCUUCAGGGCUUCACCUUUGGGAAAGCUGGCGAGAUCCUCACCACCAGGCUCCGGUCAAUGGCUUUUAAAGCGAUGCUGAGACAGGACAUGAGCUGGUUUGAUGAUCACAGAAACAGUACUGGUGCACUUUCCACGAGACUCGCCACCGACGCCUCCCAAGUACAAGGAGCCACUGGGACCAGGCUGGCUUUAAUUGCACAGAAUACAGCCAACCUGGGGACUGGCAUUGUCAUAUCAUUCAUAUACGGUUGGCAAUUAACUCUUCUGCUGUUAUCGGUUGUCCCCAUUAUUGCUGUGUCAGGAAUUGUGGAAAUGAAGAUGUUGGCCGGAAAUGCCAAAAGAGAUAAGAAGGAACUGGAAACAGCUGGAAAGAUUGCAACAGAGGCAAUAGAAAACAUUAGGACAGUUGUGUCCUUGACCCAGGAAAGAAAAUUUGAAUCAAUGUAUGUGGAGAAAUUGUAUGGACCUUACAGGAACUCUGUGCGGAAGGCACACAUCUAUGGAAUCACUUUUAGCAUUUCACAAGCAUUUAUGUAUUUUUCCUAUGCUGGUUGUUUUCGAUUCGGCGCCUAUCUCAUCGUGAAUGGACAUAUGCUCUUCAGAGAUGUUAUUCUGGUGUUUUCAGCGAUUGUGUUUGGUGCCGUGGCCCUAGGACACGCUAGCUCCUUUGCUCCAGACUAUGCCAAGGCCAAGCUGUCUGCAGCCCACUUAUUCAUGCUGUUUGAAAGACAGCCUCUGAUCGACAGCUACAGUGAAGAAGGCCUGAGGCCUGAUAAGUUUGAGGGGAAUGUGACCUUUAACGAAGUCGUGUUCAACUACCCGACGCGGCCAGACGUGCCCGUGCUUCAGGGGCUGAGCCUGGAGGUGAAGAAGGGCCAGACGCUGGCCCUGGUGGGCAGCAGCGGCUGCGGGAAGAGCACGGUGGUCCAGCUCCUCGAGCGGUUCUACGACCCCCUGGCUGGAUCCGUGCUCCUAGAUGAUCAAGAAGCGAAGAACCUCAACAUCCCGUGGCUCCGAGCCCAGCUCGGCAUCGUGUCCCAGGAGCCCGUCCUGUUCGACUGCAGCAUCGCCGAGAACAUCGCCUACGGGGACAACAGCCGGGUCGUGUCACGAGACGAAAUCGUGCACGCUGCCCAAGUGGCCAACAUACACCCUUUCAUCGAGACCUUGCCCCACAAAUACGACACCAGAGUGGGAGAUAAGGGGACUCAGCUCUCGGGAGGUCAAAAGCAGAGGAUUGCCAUCGCCCGCGCCCUCAUCAGACGUCCUCGAAUCCUACUGCUGGAUGAGGCCACGUCAGCGCUGGACACUGAAAGUGAAAAAGUUGUCCAAGAAGCCCUGGACAAAGCCAGAGAAGGCCGCACCUGCAUCGUGAUCGCCCACCGCCUGUCCACCAUCCAGAACGCAGACCGGAUCGUGGUGUUUCAGAACGGCAGGGUCAGGGAGCAGGGCACCCACCAACAGCUGCUUGCACAGAAGGGCAUCUACUUUUCCAUGGUCAAUGUCCAGGCUGGGACACAGAACUUAUGAACUUUUGUUACAGUAUAGCUUAUAAAUAAAUGAAAAUCAUUCUGCAA